CCCGACGCGUCAGCGUUCAGCGAGAGCGGAGAGUCUGCAGCCGGCGAAUAAGAAGCAGCAGCAGCAUUCCGUCAGCACCAUCACAGACGCAGCGACGCACACAGAGAGACGCCCACGAAGAGACAGAGACCCCAGAGAGAGACAAAGAGAGACAGCGGGGACGGCAUCAUGGACAUCUUUUGCGGGACCUGGAACUUGGUGGAGAGCCACAAUUUUGAUGAAUACAUGAAGGCCAUAGGCAUCGGCUUCGCGAUGCGCCAGAUCGGCAGCGUCACCAAGCCCACACUCAUCAUCAGCGCCGAGGGCGAUCACGUGACGCUGAAGACGACGAGCACCUUCAAGAACAUGGAGUGGAACUUCACGCUGGGCGAGGAGUUUGACGAAACGACGGCGGACGAGAGGAAGGUCAAGAGCACGUUCACCGUGGACGGCGACAAGCUGGUGCAGGUGCAGCGAUGGGAGGGCAAGGAGACCACCAUCUCCCGCGCCGUCUCGGGCGACAGCAUGGUGGCGACGUGCUCCAUCGGGGACGUGGUGGCCACUCGCACGUACCACAAAGCCUGAGAAGUGGGCCUCGGCUCCACCUCCUCCUCCACCUCCUCGGCCAUCAUCAUCCUCCUCCUCCUCGCUCCGAUGUCGUGGCGGCGCUGUGGCUUUGUGACGUGACGCUGUGACGCGGUGGUGUUGUGACGACGUCGUGACGCUGCAGUGCCACCACGAGCGCGAAGCGACUGAGAACGGAAGAGGCCGCACUCGCCAACGCGGGAGGGGAAAGUUUGUGGAGAAGGCGGAACGAACUAGCCAAUCAAAUCCAAGCCCCUCCACACGCUAGCCAAUCAGACACUAUCCCUACCCCUAACCACAAUGACCAAUCAGACACUAUCCCUACCCUAACCGUAACUACAAUGACCAAUCAGACAAUAGCCCAACCCCUAACCACAAUGACCAAUCAGACAAUAGCCUAACCCUAACCACACUGACCAAUCAGGCAAUAGUCCUACCCGCUAACCCUUAACACACUAACCACACUAACCAACCAAUCACCAACCCUACCGCUAACCUUGACCACACUAACCAGAUUAACCAAACAGGCACACGCUAUACCCCUAACCCCCCUUAGACAGCUCUGCCCCCCUUUUCACUUUCUGUUCGCUCGUCGGUUUUUGUAGCGAUUGGCUGUCACUCACUCAGAUAAUUAAUGAGGUUCUGAUUGAGUGACCCUAAGGGGGGGGCACGGGAAGGGCUGGGGCGAGGGGGGUUUCUAGUAGUCAUCGUGUAGGCCGAAGAGCCAACCCGCAGUGUGAUUUGCCAAAUGUUCACCGCAAAUUAAGAAUCCAGCCAACCGAUCGUCAGACCUCGGCAGGACCCUCCCUGUAGGCGAGUCGCGGGACUCGUUGAGGCCUCCACCAACCCCCCCCCCCCAUCCGCCUCGGAUACAACCACCGCGAAAUCUCCCCCUUCUCCUCCUCCUCCUCGUGUCACCAUGGCGCCACAGGCGACGACAAUUUCGACAGACAGACACCGUGCAUCUCGUGUCGGGCACGUGGCGGCGACGACGACGAUGACGACGACGAUGUGGCUAGCUGUGGAUAGACCAUGGCUCGUGACGAUGUGGCCCGCUCUGUAGCCCUGGCGAGGUCCUCCACGGCUACUCCAGAGCCCCCCCCCCCCACACACAGAGCAAGCGAGAUUGCUCCACGGGUUCGCGAACCAAUGGGAGUCGGAACGGUGCCAUCGGGAGUCUUCCUCUCCUCCUCUUCCUUUCUUUCGUGCGGCUGCUGUAGAUGCAGAACAACGGCGACUACAAUUUCACAUUUCAGGUGGCCAAGCCCCAGAUAACCGGAGCGUCGAUCGCUGUUGACGUCUCCUUCGUAAUGUGUGCGUCGUUUUGCACGUCGUGCGGUCCGCUGUGCCAUCGGCGGCGCAUCGCCCAGUCGUCACGCGCGUCCGCCCGAACCUGGUGGUGAACCGGGUCCUGGGCCUCCCCUACGUCGACUCAGCAUAAAACGAGUGCGUACCUGUUGCGGAGUGGAAGCACCGCCACGAGGCAGACAACGGCGUGGUGGUGGCCACGCACGCGCUCGUGUUGCCAAGCCGGCCUUCAUCAGUGCUGCGCAUUAACAGCACUCGCACCAACAAUGUGUUCAUGUUCUAUGGGGGAUCUUUGUGUUGUGUCUUUGUUGGUGGUGGUGGCGGUGUUGACUUACAGUGUCACACUCGCAGUGUCACCGUUCAGUGUUAUGGGACUUGUCUGCUGGAGCACAGACGGACGGGGAGACGCAUCGACAGUCAGACAGAUGCAUGGAUAGAUGGACAGUUGUAUGGACAUACUUAUGGAUGGAUAGAUGCAUGUAUAGGCGGAUGGAUGGGAUAGUUGGAUAUUUGGAUGGAGAGACUCGUGGACGAUAGAUGGAUCUAUAGACGGAUGAAUAGAUGGGCAGUUGGAUGGACAAACAGAUGGAUAGAUGGACGGACGGAUUGAUGGAUGGACGGACAGACA